AAAAUAAAAAUAAAAACCAAAACCAAAAAAAAGAUACUGGUAAGUGCAAAUGGAAACAAAUGAGGGGAAUGGUUUUGAGUGAUCUUUCCCUUGGCCACCUCCUCUCAUUCCUGAGAAGCUCAAAGCUUCAAUUUUACUUUCCACUAGACAGUGAAGACUUUCUGCUGCCCCAGUUUGCCAUGCCCUUGCAGACAGGCCACCAACGACAUCCUUUUCCUCUUUCAGUACACAGGGUUUACCCUGAUGAUGGAAGUGGGGCUGUGGGGCUGUGGUGGUCCUGGCUGGGAAGCUUCAACAGCUGCAGAUUGGUCAUAUGACGGUGGUAGCCAUGGCGUCACAGAUAAUAGGGACCGUCCAAGCUUGAAGUUUUACAAGGUGGAUAUGAUAAGUGUAGUGUAAGAGGAAAAGAAGCGCGAUGGGCAAGAGUUCACAGAGGAAGCAACGUGACUGUGUAAACCAAUGCAAAUCAAAGCCUGGCUUGAACACCUCAAUCCCUCUGAGAAUGUCCAAUUACACAUUCGAGAGGCCAGUUACGAGAAUGACACCCCAUCCUGGCAAUGAGGUCAGAUACCAUCAGUGGGAGGAGAGCCUGGAGAAGCCUCAGCAGGUCUGCUGGCAGAAACGACUGCAAGGACUGCAGGCUUACAGCAGCGCAGGGGAACUUUUAAGCACUUCGGAUCUUGCCAAUACUUUGCAAAAACUUGUCCCUAGUUACACAGGUGGAUCUCUGCUGGGGGAUCUUGCCGGUGGUCUGGAGCACUCCUGCCCCAUGCCCCACCUUGCCUGCUCUUCAGAUGUGGUGGAGAUAAUUCCCAGAGAGGGAGUGGGUAUCUCGCAGCUCCUCUGCCGACAGUUUCUGGUCACCGAGGAAGAUAUCAGGAAACAGGAAGGGAAAGUGAAGACAGUCAGAGAGAGACUCGCAAUAGCACUGAUUGCGGAUGGACUCGCUAAUGAGGCGGAGAAAGUGAGAAGCCAAGAAGGCUGUCCUGAAAAACGCUGUGAAAAAAAGGGAAGAUAGUGCAGAUGAAAUAAAGCGUAAUCCUUUAUUAACA